AGUGGAAAGAGAGAGACAGAGAGAGAGCGAGAGAGAAACAGAAAAGACACCAUUAACAAAAACAAGUUUGACUCGCCCUCAUUUGUACUCUGUACCGCCCCCUGCUUCCUGGCUUGAAAGCAACGGGAAUCUAAGGGACCGAAGUCGGUCAAGACCCAGGUAAAGGAGGUUCCCCUGCUAGAGGAGCAGCCAGAGUCCACCCCGGAGGCGGCCACUCCCCUGCUAAUGACCAAGUUCCAGCUGGUUUCGACCUCCCAGUUCCUCAAGGCCCUGAACCUCAGAACCAACGUUUUUGGAGCCUCUCCAGGGGUCAGAAAGGGAGCUGACAGUCUCUCCGCGCCGCAGCGGGGCGGCGGCCCCGCCUCCAGGUCUCAAGCCUCCGGCAGCGACGCGGAAGCGCCAGCCUGGGGACGAGGGCGGGAAGCCCCUUUGUAACUCAGGAUCUAGGAAGCGAAACCAGGAGCGACGGGUUUCGUCACCGAGGUCUCUCGGAGGCCUCUUUCCUGGUACCUUCAGGGAAGGCUGUGUAAGGAGGACUCUCGACCGCCAAGGGUCGGAAGCCGAGCAUCGGCCCCGCGCCCGGGUUCCCCGAGCUCGUCUCACCGCAGGCAGCGCCGGAGCUGCUGCGGCCACAGAACUGUUUAAAUCAUGGACAAACAAAAUGUGCAAAUGAAUGAUCCUCACCCAGGAACACAGUUGCCAGGUGGGUAUCCCCCUGAAUAUCCUCCGGCAGCUUUCCCAGGACCUCCAGGAUAUACUGGCUAUCCUGGCACCCAGGCUGGUUAUCCAGUCCCGCCAGCUGGCUAUUCAGGUGCUGGCCCAGUCGGCUUUCCUGUCCCAUACCAACCAGUGACUAGUCAGCCAGGCGUGCCUGCAGGGGUACCAUGGAUGCCAGCACCACCACCUCCAUUAAACUGUCCACCCGGAUUGGAAUAUUUGACUCAGAUAGAUCAACUAUUGAUUCAUCAGCAAAUUGAACUUCUGGAAGUCUUAACAGGUUUUGAAACUUGUAACAAAUAUGAAAUUAAGAACAGCCUUGGACAGAGGAUUUACUUUGCAGCAGAGGAUACUGAUUGCUGUACCCGAAAUUGCUGUGGGCCUUCUAGGCCUUUUACAAUAAGGAUUCUUGAUAAUACGGGCCGAGAAGUCAUAACUCUGGAGAGACCACUAAGGUGUACCAGCUGUUGUUUUCCCUGCUGCCUGCAGGAGAUAGAAAUCCAAGCUCCUCCUGGUGUACCAGUAGGUUAUGUUACUCAGACCUGGCACCCAUGCCUGCCAAAGUUUACACUUCAAAAUGAGAGGAGAGAGGAUGUACUAAGAAUUACUGGUCCAUGUAUUGUCUGCAGCUGUUGUGCAGAUGUUGAUUUUGAGAUUAAAUCUCUUGAUGAUAAAUAUGUGGUUGGCAAGAUUUCCAAGCAGUGGACUGGCUUUGUGAGAGAGUUAUUUACAGAUGUCGAUAACUUUGGCAUCCAGUUCCCGUUAGACCUUGAUGUGAAAAUGAAAGCUGUGAUGCUCGGCGCAUGUUUCCUCAUUGACUUCAUGUUUUUUGAAAUGACUAGAAGUGAACAGAGAGCAGGAGUGUGGUAAUGCAUUCGUUGACAUCUCCUCAGAAAAUCUGAAGUCCCUAUAUUGAUUGGGACUAUGUAAAAGAAAACUGGGUGGAUUUUUCUCUUUAUGUAAAUGACUUAUUAUAGCAUAUGUGAAUUACACUGUGAUGCCUGAAGCUCCAGAUAUAUGAUUUUACUUUUCAAAUUAAAGAGUUUAUUUUUAAUAUCACUUACUUAUAAAUGUUUUUAUACAUUGUCUUUUAUACAUUUUCUUUUUCAUUGUGUAUUUUGGAGAAAGGAUAUAGAAAUUUUUACAUUUAAACAUAACUUCCUAUGAUGAAUUACUUUGAACUACAGUCUCUGCUUUAUUUUCAAUUUGUAUAGCAAAAUUAAUUAAUGACUUUUAAAAGUAAUUUUAAUAUAAACUUAUACAUUAUUUUAUUAAAUCUAGUUAUAAUUUAUUUCAUAUGUAACAAUGUUAUUUUGCAAAUACCGUAUUUUCAAAAGAAUUCAAAAUGAACAUAAUUUCAGUGUUUUUUUACAAUUACAUUCAAAUAAUACUCAAUAUUCAUAUGUCAAGGGAAAGUAAAAUUAUUUUUUUGAUCAGAAAAUCACACUACAUUUAACUUCUCCUAUAAUCUCAUCUGCAACUAUAAAUAACAUUUUCAUUUUGACAAGACUAUAAAUUACCAAUUUUUGAUAAUGAUUUUUCGUGAAAAAAGAAUGAUUCUGUCCCCAAGAAAGAUACAUUUAAAGACUCACUCACUCUAAAACUGGGAUAUUGUUAUAAUUUUUGAAGUAAUUAUUUAUAUAUGGAAUGGUUAGCUCCUGUUCUGUAUUCUAUCAUUCAUGGAACAUAAUAGUUUUCAGAUCACUCAGGUGUUAAUUAAAUAGAACAUAUAUAUUCUGAGUAUAAAUGUCUACAAUGGUCUGUUAGAUUAUUUUUACCAACAAUCAAAUAACUAAAAUAAAAAAUUGCUGAUAUA